AGUUGAAUAAACGCGCUCCUCCAGAACGUAACUGUGACUUUUCAGCGGUCAAAAAUUUCUGUCAAAGGUGUGCUUACUUGACUCUCACUUGUAGCGUUCCAUUUAGCCUGACAUUUCAAUUAGUCAGAUGAACCUUCAGAAAUAAUUCAGUUUUAUUUCUGAAAAGUUUAUUAAUAAUUCCGCCAAAAACUGUUAAAUGUGACUUGAAGGGACUCUUGUGUUCUUGGGAGUGAGAAAAGUGACGAGAAGAUAGAAAAACGAUUAUAGACAACCCCCCCUUUUCGAUAAAUCUAAAACUCAUACCCGCUAUCAAUCACGUGAGUGACAUCAACAAUAGCACCCAGUGAAUCCAAUUAGAUUUAUUAUUGAAAAGGUUUUAAGCACCGAGUGAAUUCAAUUUAAUUUCAUUCAAAUUGGAAAUUUAUAUGAUAUUCAGGGGAAUCAAUUAACAAAAUUAGCAUCAAACUGGGCACUCAUGGAACACCAAGACGUCGCGGAGACGGAUCCCACGAGUCUCCUGUGAAGAAUUUCAGCCUCGGAGAUGUCAAGCAACUCCUCACGGGCAUGCACACAUCAGAAAGUGUAACAGAUUCUUGCCGUGAGGCAUCAGGUGGCAAUGUUACGCGAUCUCCAGGCUCCCACCUCUUGCUUCAUCAGAAUACAUCAAACACAGUAACAUCUGUGACAAAUAGCAACCACAAAGUAACUACAUCGUCCGUAUCAGCAACCCCAAACCCACUGGGAACAGCCGGAAGCCAUCGAGAGUGUGCUGGAUGCAGCAAAGUGAUCACAGAACGCUUUCUACUGCGAGCUCUGGAUCUCUUCUGGCACGAAGAUUGCCUCAAGUGCGGUUGCUGCGACUGUCGCCUUGGCGAAGUCGGUUCAACCCUCUACACCAAAGCAAAUUUAAUUCUCUGCAAAAGGGACUAUCUCAGACUCUUCGGAACAACAGGCUACUGUGCAGCCUGCAACAAAGUCAUUCCCGCCUUCGAAAUGGUAAUGCGCGCCAAAAGUAAUGUCUACCACUUGGAGUGUUUUGCGUGUCAACAAUGUAAUCACAGAUUUUGCGUUGGUGAUAGGUUCUAUCUAUGUGAUAAUAAGAUUCUCUGCGAAUAUGACUACGAGGAGAGGCUCGUAUUCGCCAAUAUGGCCUACAAUCCAUCGAGUUUGGCGCACAUUCGAAGGCAAGUUUGUAAUUUACAGCCUGCCGGAGACAGUAUAGGCAAUUGUGGGACUCACGCAGGAAGCCUCGUGACACCACCAAUGCCAGCCACAGUAGAGCCUGGAGUUGCCACGGUGGCUGGAGCUUCUGGAGCAUCAACAGCACGUGCUCCAUGCUUUGGGGACAAAUUGCAACUUCCGGCACCACCGGCAGCUGCUGCAACCAGUAACAUGGGCCCCCCACGGGAUGAUGGCUCCAGUGGCUACGGAAGUCCAGAUUCGGAGACCUUUGAGUCACCCCAGACAACACAAUGACGGCGCUUAUGAAUUUAAGUGACGAGCAGAUGGAUGAUCCAUCGAAAAUCCCCAUAAUUUCGUGGUGUUAUGUGUAAUGUGUGUUAUGGGACCAAUCUUCUGGUCUUUCUGUCCCCAAAAAAAAAAUGGUCCAUGGUUGUGCUCUCCAGAUAAAGAAUGGAUGAAUGCAAGAGACUCUACACCACUUACAACAUUUGUUUUCCAGAAAACCACUUGAAUCUUUGUAAAAAAGGCGAUAUCGAAAGUGUUUUCGAAAAUGCAAAAUUCGAUAUCGAAAACCGAAAGUCCAUGAUUCGAUACCGAAAAACCAAAGAUCUCGAAAUUUUCGAUAUUCAUUUUCGAAAUAGUUUUUUUUGCAGAAUUCACUUAGAAAGUAUAAACAAAUCAGAGAAGAAGCCUACAAUUCCAUUUUCCGCAAUUCUAAUAAACUCUAACCUAAUUUAUUUUUCCGAAAGCAAGAAUUUUCUUCCUUCAAAUUGAAUCAGAAAAUUAAAUUCCUGGAGCAUUAACAAGAGAACCUUCCAAAGAUCAACUAAAAUACAACUUAGUGUUUAAAAAAAAAAAUCGCGAAACACCCUCUUCACCUGAGACAACGAACAAAUGGGCGUUUUCUCUCGCGAAAUACUCGUCACACGUUCCUAAAUUGAUAAGAUAGUCAUAAUAUAGUUUCCUUAAUGACAUUUUCAUCCCCAUUAUUGAGUUUCCUCGUAUUUCUUUUUCUUUUUUUUUUUGUGUAAAAAAGACUGCAAGUGUGAAUGGAUAAACUUCUAUUAGGCAAAUAAUGUAUACGAAUGUAAAAUGUAUCAUUGGUGAAAGAGUUUUCCCACUCCCCUUUUUCUCUGUUUCAUUUGAGAUAUUUCAUUAUUAUUGAAAAAAAAUCGCAUUAAAAUAAAGAAAAAAAGAGAUGAAAUUUAAAAUCUGUGAUUGUAAUUAAAAUUGUGAGAAAAGAAAUGAAGAUAUUGAGAAAAAAAAACCCUGUUAUUCUUCCCAAUAAAAUAAUGAUUGUAAAUAUAAAUUUAAAAAAAAAUAUCUAAUUGAAUAAUAUUGAAUGGAAAUAUUAAUUUUUGUUCCUCAAAAAAAAAAAUCUACGAUGACAACCUUUUCUAAUCAACAGUAUAGAAAUCCAAUGGGCAAUUCUCAUGAAAAGUUCGAAAGUCAAAUUUCGAAUUCGAAAGUUAUUCCUGAAUCCCUUUAAUUUCGAAAGAAAUGGCGCUGGCGCACCUUUUCAAUUUAGAAAAAUUCAAUCGAUUGAAAUUUUACCUCUUACUCUUUCAAACUAAAAUAAGAUUAUAUUUAUCUCUUUCUGUCAAAUGAAAUUUUCAAAUUUCAUUUGACAGAAAGACAUAAACAUAACUUAUUUUAGUUUGAAAGAGUAAGAGGUAAAAUUUCAAUCGAUUGAAUUUUCUUAAGUUGAAAAAGUUCGAAAUUGAAAUUGCGUUCGAAAUUCUAAAAUAGCCUAGGUCUCAACUAUUUUUCGAACAUUAGAUGUUCUUGGUACGCAACAGACGGCACUCAAUAAACAAUAAUUCCACUUUUUCGAUAUUUUCUUAUUUAUUAUUUACACUUUUCAUACCUAGAAAUCCAUUCCUUGCUUUUAUACUUCUUUACAUGAAAUUUUCGAAAAUUUGAUAUUUCGAAUGAAAGUGUACUCUUUAUUUAACAUUCUCUCUAAUUCCUUUUAAAAAUCAUUUGAAUGCAAAAGAUCGAAAUCCACUGUGUACAUUCAUUUGAUUUUCACUUCGAAAAAUAUAUUGUCCUUAAAAUUAUUUCGAAAUUAUUUCGAAUUUUUUUUGAUAAACAUCAAUCGGUGUAUACAUUUUUCCUAACUCCUGAAAUAUUGUCAUUUUGAUAAGAUUUAUUUUGCUUGUCUAUAACAAGCAAAAUUAAUUCAAAGCGUAAGUCAUUGUGGAAAGAAAAAUCAUUUGGCCGAGAAACGUUUUUGCAACCUUAGAACUGCUUCACAAAAACCGAAGGAGACGUAAGAAUGUUUUAAAAAUGCACCGAAACUUUUCUAUAGCCUAAAAUUUCAUCGAAAAAAACACAGAAACGGUAAUAGAAACACGAAAGCGCAUUUAAAACGAACGGAAAUAUACUGAAACUAACUGAAAAGUAUUCAAAAUUACGGAAACUUUUCUAGACUCUCACAGGUGCAUACAAUAAAUUUUGAAACCUUGCUAGAAACGCGGAACGGCUACUAGGAACGCGGAACCGCAUUUAAAAUUCACCGGUAACGUUUCUAGUACUGAAACUACAGAAAUGCAUCCAAAAAAAUUACGAAAAUGUUUCUGGAAAAUUUACAGAAAUGUUUCUAGGAUCACAGAAACGAAUCCAGGAAUUACGAAAAUGCAUCUAUAUUUGCAGAAAAGCAUUCAAAAACACGGAAAUGCUUCUUGAAUGACAUAAAUGUAUCAAAAAGUUACAGAAACGUUUGUAGAAGCACAGAAUCUAAUCCGAAAAAUCCGAAAAUAUUUCUAGAAUGACAGAAACAAAUCCAGGAAUCGCAGAAACGUUUCUAGAAUCGCCAAAAUAGUUUUCUAGAACUACAAAAACGUAUAAAAAUUACAGAAACGUUUCUAGAAGAACAGAAUCGUAUUCGAAUGGAUUGGAAAUUUUUCUACAGUCACAGAAACGAACCUAAGAAUUAAACAAACGCUUCUAGAAUCGCAGAAACACAUCUUAUGCCACGGAAACGUUUCUAGACUUUCAGAAACGCAUCAAAUAACACAAAAAUGUUUCUAGAAUCACAGAAGGAUAUUAAACAGUUUAAGAAACUGUUUCUAGAGGGACAGAAUCACAUCCGAACAGCUCGGAAAUUUUUCUACAAUCACACUAACGAAUGCAAGAAUUACAGAAACGUUUUUAGAAUCGCAGAAACACAUCUUGUGAGACGGAGACGUUUCUAGACUUCCAGAAACGCAUUAGAAAGCACUGAAAAGUUUCUAGAAUCACAGAAGGAUACAAAAAGUUGAAGAAACUGUUUCUCUAAGCACAGAAUCUCAUCCGAACAGCUCGGAAAUGUUUCUACAAUCACAGAAACGAAUCCAAGAAUAUAGAAAACGUUUCUAGAAUCGCAGAAACACAUCUUGUAACACAGAGACGUUUAUAUACUACCAAAAACGCACCAUAAAACACAGAAUUGUUUCUAGAAACACGAAAUGACAUCAAAAAGUUGAAGAAACUGUUUCUAUAAGCACAGAAUCGCAUCUGAACAACUCGGAAAUGUUUCUACAAUCACAGAAAUGAAUAAAAGAAUUACAGAAACGUUCGUAUUAUCGCAGAAAUGCAACACAGAAGACAGAAAUGUUUCUAGAAUGAGAGAAGGGUACCAAAAAGUUGAAGAUACUGUUUCUAAAAACAUAAAAUCACAUCCGAACAGUCCGGAAAUGUUUCAACAGGUUCAACAGUCGUAGAAACUAAUGUAAAAAUUACAUAAACGUUUCAAUAUUUGCAGAAACACAUUUAAAAAAAAGGGUAACGCAAUAAAAAGUUAGAUAUUGUUACUAGAAUUACAGAAUCGUAUCCGAAAAGCUCAGAAAUGUUAGAAUAACAGAAACAAAUCCAAGAAUUACUGAAACAUUUCCAAAAAAUAGCAGAAACAUAUCUUAUAACACGGUAAUAUUUCUAGACUGACAGAAACGUAUCAAAAAAAAAAGUUUCAGAAAUAUUUCUAGGAGUGCAAAAUCGUAUCCCCGAACAACUCGAAAAUGUUUCUAGAACCACAGAAACAAAUGUAGAGUUACAGAACAGUUUCUACAGUUGGAGAAACGCAUCCAAAAACACGGAAAUGCUUCUAAAAUGACAGAAACGUAUAAAAAAUUUACAUAAACGUUUCUAGAAUCACAGGAUCGUAUCCAAACAACUCCGAAAUGUUUCUAGAACAACAGAAAUGUAUCCAGGAAUUGCUAAAACGUUUCUCGAUUUUCAGAAACGUAUCCGAAACAUGGAAAUGUUUCUAGGUUGCCAGAAACGUAAGAAAAAAAUACAGAAAUGUUUCUGGAAACACAGAAACGAAUCCAAAAACACGGAAAUGCUUCUAAAAUGACAGAAACGCAACAAAAAAAUUUACAUAAACGUUUCUAGAAUCACAGGAUCGUAUCCGAACAACUCGAUAAUGUUUCUAAAACCACAGAAAUGAAUCCAGGAAUUGCGGAAACGUUAAUCGAUCUUCAGAAACGCAUCAAAAACACGGAAAUGCUUCUAGAAUGACAGACACGUAUGAAAAAGUUACAGAAACGUUUCUAGAAACAGAGAAAUGAAUCCAAGAAAUUCGAAAAUAUUUCUAAUUUAGAGAAACAAAUUCAAAAACACGGAAAUGCUUCUAAAAUGACAUAAAAGUAUAAAAAAUUUACAUAAACGUUUCUAGAAUCACAGGAUCGUAUCUAAACAACUCCGAAAUGUUUCUAGAACAACAGAAAUGUAUCCAGGAAUUGCUAAAACGUUUCUCGAUUUUCAUAAACGUAUCCGAAACAUGGAAAUGUUUCUAGGUUGCCAGAAACGUAAGAAAAAGAUACAGAAAUGUUUCUGGAAACACAGAAACGAAUCCAAAAACACGGAAAUGCUUUUAAAAUGACAUAAACUCAUCAAAAAGUUACAUAAACUUUUGUUGAAUCACAGAAUCGUAUUAGAACAACUCGGAAAUGUUUCUAGAAUCACAGAAAUGUAUCCAGGAAUUGCGGAAACAUUUCUCGAUCUUCAGAAACGCAUCCGAAACAUGGAAAUGUUACUAGGAUGACAGAAGCGUAUCAAAAGGUUACAGAAACGUUUCUAGAAACACAAAAACGAAUCCAAAAACACAGAAAUGCUUCUAAAAUGACAGAAACGCAACAAAAAGUUACAUAAACUUUUCUAGAAUCACAGAAUCGCAUCCGAACUCGGAAAUGUUUCUAGAACCACACAGAAAUGUAUCCAGGAAUUGCAAAAAUGUUUCUCGAUCUUCAGAGACUCAUCCAAAACAUGGAAAUGUUUCUAGGAUGACGAGGAUGACAGAAACGUAAGAAAAAGUUGCAUAAACGUUUCUGGAAACACAGAAACGAAUCUAAGAAAUUUGGAAAUAUUUCUUCUAAAUUUAGAGAAACAAAUCCAAAAACAAGGAAAUGCUUCUAAAAUGACAGAAACGCAUCAAAAACUUUAAUAAACGUUUCUAAAAUCACAGAAUCGUAUCCAAACAACUCGGAAAUGUUUCAAAAACCACAGAAAUGUAUCCGAAUUGCGGAGACAUUUCUCGAUCUUCAGAAACGCAACCGAAACAUGGAAAUGUUUCUAGAAUGACAGAUACGUAUGAAAAAGUUGCAGUAACGUUUCCAAAAGCACAGAAUUGCAACCGAACAACCCAGAAAUGUUUCUAGAUACACAGAAAUGCAUCCAAAAAUACGGAAAUGCUUCAAGAAUUGUAAAGAAUCUCACCCAAAAAAAAACACAGAAACGCUGCUGGAAAUGUGGAAACGCAAUUAAAACAGACAAAAAUUUUUUUUGAAAAGCACAGAAACGAAUGAAAAACUUGCAAAAAUGAUUCUUGAAACAAGAAAACGCUUCUAGAAACACAGAAACGUGUAUGCAGCUAUCUACAGAGAAAAAAAUCUAGUUCUUGUUCUUCAAUCACAGAAAGGCAAUUUUUAUAUCAUUGGAGACCAAAAAUGUUGAAAAUAUGUUUCAGGAAAUGAAAAUGAGAAUGUAUUUUUUUUUCUUUUAUGCAUAACCCCUUAAGUGAGCAACUUUUGAACUGUUGCUUUUCUGAUUCUGUAUUACUGUCUUGAGCCUACUUCUCUUGGAAAUUAUAUUUUUCUUAUUUUUUCGAUAUUUUUGUCAAUGACCUCUAAUUAUCCUUUUUAGGUUUUCAAGGUCAGAGGUAAAAAAACUCAAAAAUUUGACUUUUGAAUGAAUUAUUUGUCUUCCCAGCUUUUCUUGAGAAUUGUUCCCAAGACAAAAAGAAGAAAGAGCAAAAAGUUAAUGAAGUAUUGUAGCAAAAAUAAUUCCACAUUGAUCUUUUGUCCUGUUCAAAGCAUAAAUCCCAGAAAUCCAUUAAGAAAUAUGUUAAAUGUAAUAUGUAAGAGAAUGUACUCAAGAUUUCCCCACAAAUUACCCCCGAAUGUGGCACUCCCUGACAAAUCUCACAAAGAUCAUGUGGAAAGGAAUAGAGUAAAGGAUGAGAGCAGGAGAUGGACAAAAAGAUGUAAAUAUUUAUGAUUAUACUGGAUGAAAACUUA